AUGCGGCGUUGCUUUAAGAUCGCCGCCGGUGUCGUCCUGCCGGCAACAGCUUUUGUCUGCGCGUACUUCUUGUCCUCCACAUUCCGCCCCUCCAUCCGACAGAAGUUCCUUGCACCAACUGCGGCCCCUGCUCCAGAGGCACAGUUUAGCCGCUUUAGCCCCAUCACAACCACUGGUGCGACCAUGGGCUCGUGGGUUCAAUCACCCGGCCCAGGUGACCCACUGCCAGGAAGAAGCCCUCCCCCAACCUCCGUUGGGUCCGUGGACCCUUUUACAGACGCCACCGCUGUCGCCACGCUUACCACUGCCACCGCUCCUACCACUACUGCCGCUGCUACCACUGCCACCACUCUCACCACUACACAAAUCGAGUUUGUGCUGCCGGAUAUGUUGGGCGAGAAUGGCCGCCCGAGUGAGCCGGUGGAGCAUGUCAACCCAAGCUCCGCAACGACGACUCAGAGGCCACUGGUGGACGAGCCUAGCGCGAUCGGAGGGGAUGCCCGGGUGCGGGUGCCUGCGGUGUCGUGGCAGCCACUGGGACCUUCCGAUCGGUUUCGGUUCACGGCACAGACAUUGCCACCAUUCCGGCAAUGCGAGGAAGAGCACUUGGGAAUGCAUCGCUGGAAGAAGCUGCAAGCGCGCAGCAUUACGCUCUGCAGCGGCGGGGUUUCCAAAAUAACUUGCGUCCGCCAACUCCCCUCGCCCAAAGUCUACGUGUGCGAGUUCCACAACAUCGUGGAACUAUUGGCUCCGCAAGGCACUUUGCGUUGGGUCGCCCAAUGCUUCCUGCAGAAAGAGGUGGAUCGCAGGCUCUUGUUCAAUGAGCUCUCUCCAAAACAUCCGUUGCUUAACCUAGACAUUCGAAGGGAGCUCGGAGCCAAGCAGUUGAGCAAGGCGAUCACAAUCGUGGAGAGCAUCCCUGGCAACGCGGAUCUUGCCGACCACGUCGUCGCGUCCCUACAGUGGAAAGCCCGAAAGAAUGCCACGACUCGGGAAGGCCUGACGUUCUUGUCCACGGGCGAUUGCAACACUGGCAAUCCCGGCCAUUGCCAAGCUGACCAAGACAACCUGUUCAUCGUGCAGCAUAUGCUGCCCACAACCUUCGGCCGCGAAGACACCAGAGUGGUCCUCUACAUUGGCUUUGGGACCUCCAGAUACGGAGCGCGCAACCCAGGUCGACCUCAUUUUUUCGAAGAUUGGAAAGCGCUUGCUUCAGAGGUCAUCACCGCUUCUCACAUGCCUGAGUUUCCGACUUUGAGCCUGAAGUCAGAGGCCUAUGUGCAGCCCGUGGGGACUUUGGUGACUGGCCCUGCUGGAAUGACUGGGCCUCACUGGACGAGGUUCAAUCAACCGGGCCUCUGCGAAGGGCGAAAUCCCAUACUGCUUGGCCAUCAAAUGGCGGCCAUUCCAUUCUUCGAGUCGGAGUGGCGGCGUGAUCCGGAGCGCUACGGUGAUGCCUGCAGCUUCCUGCAGAAGGUUUCGGCGGAGUACUCUCUGCAUCUCUUCAACGCGAAAGCGUGCAAAAUCGAUGCCGAGCAGUCGAAUUUCUACUUGUGGCUGUCGAGAAUACCCCGUACUUGCCAUGGUGUUUCCUUCCCUUCCGACGACUGCCGGAAGAAUCGCGGCGUCUCGAAUGGCCUGGACCUUGCAACUCAGCUGUCAAAGCGAUACCCCCAGCACACGGUGCUAUAUGUGAACGUGGGGCCUGUCCCUUACCUGGACCAAGUGUUCUUGAUCCGCCUCGCGAACACGAUCAUUGCCGCGCAUGGUGGGGCCGCUUGGAACGCGGCCCGGUGGCUCAACGAGGCCCUGCAGCAACGGAUCGUGGAGAUCAUGCCGAUAGGUGGGCCUUCCGAGACUUGCUCCCUCACGAAGAUGUUCGGCGGGCGCUAUAGCUUUGUGACAUGCCGUGACUGCAGGACUCCAAAGAACGGAGUGCUGAAGUUCGAGGCUUUGCUUUCCGCACUGGAGACCUCUGCCAAGGUCAGCUGCCGGGGCGUGUGA